AUGUUUCCGUUUCACGAUCAUAAUAAUAAGAGCUGCAGCAGCCACCGUUUCUGCACGGAAUGCAUAUCCAAACACAUAUCCACAAAACUAAUCCACAAAAAAUCCCCUUCGAUAACAUGCCCCGGCCUCGACUGCAGUGGCAUUCUAGAAAUCGAAAAGUGCGUCGAAAUCGUGCCGAAAGAAGUCAUUUGCUUGUGGGACCAGGUUAUAUGCGAAACCGUAAUUAUUCCGCCUUCACAGAGGUUUUAUUGUCCGUACAAAAAUUGUUCGGCUUUGAUAAUGAACGACUGCGACGAGAAAGAAGUGGAGUGCAUGAGAGAGGCCGAGUGCCCGUUCUGCAAUAGAUUGUUCUGCGUGCAAUGUAGGGUGGCGUGGCACUGUGGAGUCGAUUGCUUGGAGUUUUCGAAGCUGAGUUUGAACGAGAGAGGGAGCGACGAUCUAAUGGUGCAUGAGCUUGCUAAGAAGAAUAAAUGGAAGAGAUGCCCUCACUGCAAAUUCUUUGUUGAGAGGAAGGAGGGUUGCUUGCACAUGACUUGCAGGUGUGGAUCUCAAUUCUGCUAUGCAUGUGGGGCAGCUUGGAGUUCUACCCAUGGUGGUUGCCAGUGA